AUGCGCCUGCUCGCUACCGUACUCCUCGCAUUUGCCAGGCUGACCGUGGCCACGGCCUACUACGGAUCGCUGAAACCCUGCAAGCGAGACAGUGACUGCUGGCACUACGAGAUGUUCGCCAUCGCUCAAAUACCGGAAAGAAGCUGCUCGCGGGACCGGGAUUGCCGCUCUUAUGAGUACUGCGCCAGCGGCGGCAUCUGCGAAUUCCCG